AAGAUGCUGCUGGCUCGUCUGUCUCCAUAGUAACCCCGGAGCAGUGCGGAUAGAGCGGCCCGGUUACCAUAGUAACCCCGGAGCAGUGCGGAUAGAGCGGCCCGGUUACCAUAGGAACCCCGGAGCAGUGCGAUUAGAGCGGCCCGGUUACCAUAGGAACCCCGGAGCUGUGCGGAUAGAGCGGCCCAGUCUCUAUAGUAAGCGGGGACAUGGAGGCCGAGGCCGGGAUCACCGGUAUCCGCCGCCGGCUGCAGGAGGCCGGCCAGGAGCAGUUGCUGCGGUUCUGGGAGGACUUGGAGCCGGCCGGUCGGGAAGCCCUGCUCGGGGAGCUCCGGCAGCUGGAUCCCCGGGAGCUGAGAGAGCACUGCCUGUGGGCACAGCUGGCCUACAAACAGGAGAGCAGCGCCCCCCAGCGGCCGGACCACAGCAUGAGCCCCGUGCCGCCAGCCUUCCUGGGCAGCGUCAGCCGGAGCCAGCAGGGGGAGCUGUGUGCAUGGGAGGAGGAGGGCUUUCAUCAGAUUUCCCAGAACAAGGUGGCAGUGCUGCUACUAGCUGGGGGUCAGGGGACUCGCCUGGGUGUUUCUUAUCCUAAAGGAAUGUACAGUGUUGGACUUCCCAGUGGCAAAACCUUGUACCAGAUCCAGGCCGAACGAAUACUCCGAGUGCAGCAGUUGGCUAAAGAUAAAUAUUCCACCAAGUGCACAGUGCCUUGGUAUAUCAUGACAAGUGAAUUUACAUUGUACCCAACACAAAAAUUCUUUGAAGAAAACAACUUCUUUGGUUUGGAGAGAUCAGACGUGAUCAUGUUUGAACAGAGAAUGAUCCCAGCUGUUGGGUUUGAUGGAAAGGCUGUUUUGGAGCGUAAAGACAAGCUGGCCAUGGCUCCAGAUGGGAAUGGCGGCCUGUACCGAGCGUUGACUGAUAACCAGGUAUUGCAGGACAUGGAAAGAAGAGGCAUCGCAUACAUCCAUGUGUACUGCGUGGACAAUAUCCUGGUGAAGAUGGCUGAUCCAGUAUUUAUUGGGUUCUGUGUCUCCAAAGGCGCAGAUUGUGGUGCCAAGGUAGUAGAAAAAGCUUAUCCCUCUGAGCCGGUGGGGGUGGUGUGCCAAGUAGAUGGCAUCUACCAGGUGGUGGAAUAUAGUGAGAUCAGUCAAGAAACAGCAGAGAAACGCAAUCCUGACGGGAGCCUUGUAUAUAGUACUGGCAACAUCUGCAAUCACUUUUUCACUUUGGAGUUCCUCAAGACUGUAGCAACGACAUUGGAGCCACUGUUGGGCUACCACAUCGCCAUUAAAAAGGUUCCAUAUGUUUCCAAGGAAGGAAUCCAGUUGAAACCGUCGCGACCAAAUGCAAUAAAGAUGGAGAAGUUUGUUUUUGAUGUUUUCCAAUUUGCCAAGAAAUUUGUGGCAUUUGAGGUCUUGCGAGAAGAUGAAUUUUCUCCUUUGAAGAACGCAGAUAGUGCCAAUAAGGAUACCCGAACUACGGCAAGACGUGCGAUCCUCUGGCAGCAUUACCGCUGGAUACGGAAGGCUGGCGGUCGGUUAAUAGAUGUGAAUGGCUGCCAGGUAGUUGCAAAUUACGGCUUUUCUGAAACAGAGGACCCACCAGCUGUGUGUGAAAUAUCUCCUCUGGUUUCUUACUUUGGAGAGGGUUUGGGAAGCUAUGUGAAAAACAAGGCCUUCUCUUCGCCGUUUGUACUGGACCCAGAGAAGGCCAAAGAACUAUUGGUUUAAAUGAAGAUGAGGACAUCAAGGCCGAGAGAAGAUUUACAGAGUUUGCCAGUAAAUAUCUGGCAGUAUCGUAUUGUUGGAUAUACUGCACCUCCAGCGUCUCCCACCAAACAAUGUGGCUAGGAAUCAUUCUGUGUAACAUGAUUUUCACUUGAAAUAAUAUUAUUUUUUUAUUAUGA